UCUGUUCGGGGGAGGCCUGGGGCCGCUCGCUGGUGCGCUGUCUCCGCCACCCCCCCUUUCGCUACCGCCGCCGCCGCCGCCGCCGCCCCGGGCAUGUCGUCCAACUGCACCAGCACCACGGCGGUGGCGGUGGCGCCGCUCAGCGCCAGCAAAACCAAGACCAAGAAGAAGCAUUUCGUGUGCCAGAAAGUGAAGCUAUUCCGGGCCAGCGAGCCGAUUCUCAGCGUCCUGAUGUGGGGGGUGAACCACACGAUCAAUGAGCUGAGCAAUGUCCCCGUCCCUGUCAUGCUGAUGCCGGAUGACUUCAAAGCUUACAGCAAGAUCAAGGUGGACAAUCAUCUCUUCAAUAAGGAAAACCUCCCCAGCCGGUUCAAGUUCAAGGAGUACUGCCCCAUGGUGUUCCGAAACCUCAGGGAGAGGUUUGGCAUCGAUGACCAGGAUUACCAGAACUCGGUGACGCGCAGCGCUCCCAUCAACAGCGACAGCCAGGGCAGGUGUGGCACGCGGUUCCUCACCACCUACGACCGGCGUUUUGUCAUCAAGACCGUGUCAAGCGAGGAUGUGGCCGAGAUGCACAACAUCCUAAAGAAAUACCACCAGUUCAUAGUGGAAUGCCAUGGCAACACCCUCUUGCCACAGUUCCUGGGCAUGUACCGCCUGACCGUGGACGGUGUGGAAACCUACAUGGUGGUCACGAGGAAUGUGUUCAGUCACCGGCUUACUGUACACCGCAAAUACGACCUCAAGGGUUCUACUGUUGCUAGAGAAGCAAGUGACAAGGAAAAGGCUAAGGACUUGCCAACGUUCAAAGACAAUGACUUCCUCAAUGAAGGGCAGAAGCUACAUGUGGGAGAAGAGAGUAAAAAGAACUUCCUGGAAAAACUGAAGCGAGACGUUGAGUUCCUUGCCCAGCUGAAGAUCAUGGACUACAGUUUACUGGUGGGCAUCCACGACGUCGACCGGGCGGAGCAGGAGGAGAUGGAGGUGGAAGAGCGAGCCGAGGACGAGGAAUGCGAGAACGACGGCGUGGGCGGCAGCCUGCUGUGCUCCUACGGCACACCCCCGGAUAGCCCUGGCAACCUCCUCAGCUUCCCCCGGUUCUUUGGGCCCGGAGAGUUCGACCCCUCGGUCGACGUCUAUGCCAUGAAAAGCCACGAAAGUGCCCCUAAGAAGGAGGUCUACUUCAUGGCCAUCAUCGAUAUCCUCACACCCUAUGAUGCUAAGAAGAAAGCUGCACAUGCUGCCAAAACAGUGAAACACGGGGCCGGGGCUGAGAUCUCCACUGUGAACCCGGAGCAGUACUCUAAGCGCUUCAACGAGUUCAUGUCCAACAUCCUGACAUAGUCCACUCUACCUUCUGCCAGAGCCAGACUGCCGGGCGAGGGGUCGGGGAUCGGGAGAGGGAAAGGGUGCAUUUGGGCUGGAAGGGAGGGUGGGGAGCAGAGCGGGGGGUCCAGAGGGCUUUAGUAAAGGGACUGCAGCCUGUGACACAGAGCAGCUCUAGCAGGGAGGGAGGGACGCGCUGCUUGUGCAAAGGCCACAGGAUGCAGCCUAACUCCGAGCACCCUUGGUUCGCCCCUUUUGUCCCUGUUUCAAACGGGGGUUCCCUCCUCGGUAUCUUGUAACCUUUUGUGAUACCUUGGGGCUGGAGUUGACUUUGUGGGUUCAUUUGGGUUUGUUCCUUAAAUUCAUUGCUCCAGGUUUGCUAUUUAUAAUGCUGUAUGUCACCACCCUAGCCACCCUCCCCCUGUUCCUGUCAGGCUCUCUGUUCCUUUCAGUUAAGGCCAGCACAAGGGCCCUGAACAGCAGUUGCUCUGAGGACACCACGAGAGGAGGUCAGGCACCUCCGUUGGCCGCGUUUUGAGCGCACCCGGAUGGACGUCUUCAUAUCCUGGAGUAUUGUGCAUAAUUCCCUCCGUGUCUCCACCCUGGAUCCAAGUGAAAUGUGACGUUCCCUCCUCCACCCUGUCCUUGCAGAACACUGCAGGUUGACUCCGACAUCUGGGGCCCGAGUCAGGGGCCUCCGAGGGGGACAGGUUCAUCUUCAUCCCGUGGUGCAUGACCGUCAGACAGCUGGUUCUCAAAGAGCCCAGAGAUCACCACCCAAGCCGCCUGCGCCUCUGACUGGAAUUCCAGUGUCUGUCAAGCCUGCCUCCCACUGGCUCAAGGGGAACUGGAAAGCAUCUUUGCCUUUAUCGGGACCCCUGUGCCUCCAUGGCUGUUUCCCUUUGGGAAACUCCCAGAAACGAAUACUCGUCAAAUGGGGCCAUUUGCAUUGUCCAUGUCCUAACUCCUGACCUCUGGGUACACAGCCACCUGUAGCGGGCAUGUGGUCAGGGGCAGAGACGCUGCCACUCCAAGCCCCGGCCUGCCAUGCAGGUGCCUGGCUCCCUGUGCCUGUGACUUCUCGCCUGGACAGCUUUAGCCAGCAAGGUGCUCCACCUGAGGUUGCCUGAGUCACUUGCGGACGUGACCCAGGAAAGCCUAUUUGGAGGCCUCAUGUGGGGCUUGACCCAUCCCCCAGCCUCAGGGCUGAUUUUCCCUGUUGCCCUCUUACCCUUUCUGAACUUGGGAUCUGCCUACAGGCCUCCUUGGAAAGAGUGACAUCCUGCAGCCUCCUUCAGGAUUCCGGCCCGGGGCCUCAGAAGGGAGCUAGCUACACAAGUCAUUUCUGAUGCCACCAGGCCAACUGGUUGCUAGGAAGAAAAAAAAAAAAAAAACAACAACAACAAAAAAGGCCCUGUUGGCCUGCACUUGGGAGAGGUACAGGCCUGCCUCCUCCCAGCCCCUCAAAAGGAAAUCAGAAACUUUCAGAAUGAGAUGGAAAAUUUGUAUGUAGAUAACCCCAAAGAUGUGAAGCUGGUUUGUGGAACUAUCUUGGGUGAACAAAUGAUUUUCAAUGGCUUGCCUCCCCAACGAGCUGAGCUCAGCUUGGGGAGCCGGAGCCACUGUGCUGUGUCCUCCCCAAGUGGCACUAAACUAAGGAAGCAAGGUGACAGUCUGGGGCUUCUCUGCGGCUGCCACAUUGGUGGAAGCCCUUCUGGUGAGGCAGGUGGGGCCACAGUCCUUCCCAAGAUGCUCUGGGGAGCAGGACCACGCAAGGGUCUUGAGGAAGUACUCGGACCCACGUGGCUCAUGGAAAAGUGGUUUUAAUUUAGGAGAGGGGUUAUAGGAACAAAGUCUGGACUCCACUCCCCCCACCUUACAAUCAAGAUUGAGGAAUCCGGAUCUGCUCCCGGGAGCCCCAGGCUUGGAAGCCAAGGCCCUUGUAGAUCCUGCUCUGCAUUUGAAAAUCCUAACAGUCCUAUCAAAGUAGCUACCAGACGUCUAGUCUAACUGGGUUAACAUUGAGUUGUUUUUGUUUUUUUUUGGGGGGGGUUGUUUUGUUUGUAUAUUGUUUACAGUUUUGAAAGGUAGCAUUCUGUUUCAGAUAAUCUUUGUUUCACUGACAGUAUUGUUGAGUGGGUCAAAAUACUUGAGCUGUGGUUUGGUGGAUUUAAAGGUUUUUUUUUUUUUUUUUUUUUUUUUUUUUAAGGUCAUUUCUCUGUGUUGUCUUCAAAACUUCGGGUUUGGCCCUCCGGUUCCUUUGGCAUUCAUACGUUUGAAAGCUAUUUAUCUUGGUUUCAUACAAGUUUUCUUUUCUUUGUGACAAAGAUGUGCUAUUUGGCCUCAGUCUCAAAAACGGUCACACCCUCCCCCCAUUUAUCUGCUCCCUCUUUUCUGAGUCCCCACCAUUCACUUUCUGGACAGACAAGACCAUUCGUUUGACUCCUCAAGCCAUGAGGAGCAGCCAGACCGGCCAGACCGUCCCAUGGGCCUCCAGAACCAUGUUGGCUCUUCCAGAAAUAGACACGUAAGAAUAAAGAGCCGGACAACUGGGUGAGGCCUGGAUGCGGAAAGGGAGGGAAUUCCCAGUUCCUCACCCUGCCUCUGUGCUGUACCCAGUCCCCUUCCCUCCUGUGGAAAGCGUGAAGCUGAGAAGUCUCAAGUCCAGGCCAAGUGAGGGGUACCAUGUAAACUCUAAGACAGUAAUGGCCUCAGGCUGUGUCCCUGCGUCAGGGGCGUGCAGGGCAGCGAGGAGUGUGGCUCUGCUGAAGUGCUCAAUCUCUCCUUAUCUAGCUCAGGGGUUACUGGUCUGUGGCUGGCGCCGUGAGUGGCCCCCAGGCUGUUCUCAGUGGCAGUAUAGCUCCCCCAACAGGCAGCUCCCCCUCCCCCAAUCAGUUUUCUCAAUCCUGGGCUUUAGGCCUGAACAAGUCCCCUGGCAGUGCUCAAGGGAGGAGAGACUGGACUCCUGUGGAGACUUUGCCCUCUUCACAAUGUGCUAGGCCUGCCUGGGGAGGUGACCAAAGCCCCAGGACUCUCUCAGUAGCUAAUUCACCCCCCUCCUCCCCCACCCCAAAUAGCCUUUUUAACAAUUCAGGUUCAGAGGGAGAAAAACGUUAGCUGUUUCUAGGAUAUGACCUACUCGAGUAUUUUGGGCAGGACAGUUGAGUGUACUGAGACAGCCCUCGGAGCUCUGGUUUGUGCUUUCCCAAGUUUAGAGAUCUCAUACGCAGUCAUGACGGCCGGUGGGGGUCAGGGCUCAAAGGGAAGCACAGUUAGACAGUUACCCAAAAUCUGCCAGCCAUGGUCCCAGUCGUCUUCUGGAAAGUGCCACUUAGGAAGGGUGACUCAAAGGGGGAAUGAGACUCAGCCGCACUUCAACAACAGGAAAGGAGGCUGGGAGGCACUGGAAGAGCCCAUUACUUGCCCACAGCCAUUUUGUGAGGUGGGCGCCCACACAUUUAGGGGGAACCCAUCUGCUUAGCACAUCUCGGCAGCGGGUCAGAACGUUGAACACACAGAAUUUCAAUGAAGUCCAGAGUCAUCUUUGGGACUGCAGGAGUAAAGCACCACCCACCACAUGUGACUUCUCCAUUUCCGGCUGCAAGUUCCAUUUUUUUUUAAAUAGGAAUUUCCACCCCUGUGCUUGUCAAAUGUCUGCUCUCAACAGUUCAAGCCCCUGUUACUGUUUUAAAAUGCAUGCGUGUUAAAAAAUGAAAUCUCCAACUGGAGGACAAAAUAAAACUCAAAAAGCUUUGUGUACA